CCGCCAACAAACGAGUCAAACAGGUGGAAAAACCAAGCGAGACACAACCCGGAGAAAGACAAAAGAAAAUAUACAGUCACAGCAUCUUCAAGAGUAAUUUCUUAACUCUGCACUGAUUUCUAUUUUUAAAGAAUGAACGCAUCAAUAAGGAUUGUGGUCUUGGGGAAAACUGGAGCUGGGAAGAGCAGCCUCGCCAACACCAUAUUUGGAGAGACUGUGUUCAAGAUUGACAGUUCACCCAAAUCUGGUACAAGUGAAUGUAAAGCAGAAACCAAAUCCAUCAAAGGAAGAAGCAUUAUGUGGAUCGACACUCCUGGGUUUUUUGACACAGAGAGGUCUGAGGAGAAGAUGAAGCCUGAGAUAGUGAGGUGUAUCACAGAGUGCGCUCCUGGGCCUCAUGUUAUUCUCAUUGUGCUUAAAGUGGAGAAAUUCACUGAGCAGGAACAGGACAUCAUAAAAAAAAUGCAACAAUAUUUCUCAGAAGAAGCUUUAAAAUAUGCCAUAGUUCUCUUUACUCAUGGUGACCAGCUCCCUGACCAAGAAACGAUUGAGCAGUUUGUCAAUCAAAGUGAAGAUCUGAGUGAUCUGGUGAAGAAGUGUGGAGGCCGGUGCCACACAAUUGAUAAUAAAUACUGGAAGCACAAUCAGCAGGAUGAGUACAGGAGCAACCAGUUCCAGGUGGAGGAACUGCUCAAGACAAUAGAUCAAAUGAUUGAGGCAAACAAUAGAGGUUGCUAUACAAACGACAUGCUACAAAUAGUGAAGAGAGAAAUAGAGGAAGAGCAAGUGUGCAUUGAAAAGUCAUCAGCAAACAUGUCUCCAGAGGAGACCACACAUAAGGCUAAAACCAGUGUCUUUGAAAAGCUGCUGCUAACAGUUGCAGGUGUUACAACAGGAGCACUGCUGGGAGCUUUCCUUGGUGGGGCACUGAAAUUAUCAAAAGAAGAAGGACCAACAGUAGCAUUAGCAGUAGGAGUAGCAAUAGGAACGACUGCAGGAAUAGCAGCAGUGCCAAAUGUAACAGAGGGAGCAACAGCAGAAGCACCAACACCAUCUGGUACAGUGUCUAUUGCAUCUGCAGUGCAUACAGCUGCAGAACAUCAGGAGUAACAGGAGGUUCAUUGGAAGUGAUGCAGCUGACACACAAGAGAGGCAGCAGGAGCACUUGUGAAAAUGGAUAACCACUAGCAUUUAUUAUUCUUAUUAUAUUAGAUCAAAUCAAAUUAAAAUGUAAUGUUCUGUCAUUAGUAAUUUUAAAUGUAUGUUCUCUCUCUCUCUCUCUCUCUCUCUCGUUCUCUCUCGUUCUCUCUCUCUCUCUUUCUCUCUUUCUCUCUCUCUCUCUGAAAAAAGCUUACUGAGAAAGAACAUGUUUACUAUUUUAAUUAUUUUCACAUAAUCUUCAAUAUUUCUCAAAGAGUACAAUGAAAAAUGAUUUGAUGAUGAUUGAUGUUUUUUUGGAUGUUUUCUUUGUCACAAAAUCAAUUACUAUACUCAAUAAAUCAGCAAAUUCUUCACUUU